CUCAAAUGCCCCAACCUUAUCUGUAAUUCCUAAAGACCUUAAUCGCCAAUUCGCCAUCGCCAUUCGCCUCAAUCGCCUGUGUUGUUCGAUAGAUCGAGAGCGUGAGAGCCAAGAGGAUUCGCCGUCUCGCUCGUCAGUCCCACUCUCCACUCUCGAGUCUCGCCCGCUGCCCAGCGCCGACUCGGCUACUCCCUCGCCUGAAAUUCUCAAUCCUCGAGUGCCUGAGACGCCCACUCCCUCAAUCCCAAUUGAAUCAGCUACGGGUUUGAUUGUGUGAAGCAUGAAGGGAAUGGUGAAUGGAUGUUGCUAGUUACUAUUUGUUUUAUGGAAUUACAUUUUGUAGUGUUUUGUUUGUAUAAGAUUAGAAAAAUUCAACUGAAAAAAAAACAUUUCGGUCUAAUCGGUCUUUUCAGGUUCGGUCUAAGAGUUUUCGGUCCGGACCGGUCCAAGACCGACUGUGAAUAGGUCCGGUCUUCGGUCUUAUAUUUUUCCAAUUUCGGUCUUCGGUCGGUCCGGUUCGGUCUGGUCCUGGACCGAUGAACACCCCUAGUCUGGCGAGUCUCAAUUCGUCUUCACUCUUCACAGUCCGCCAACCUCAUAUCCAUCCAAACACUACGGCGGCCAAGCACAGCGUGGCCGAUAAGGCGAUAACAAUGGAUGCUCUUUCUUUAUGCUUCUCUAUUCCCCCUCCUUCCCCACACCACUGCAAAACCCUAAUAUCAAAGCCCUACUUCACCCCUCUUCGAUCAUCUCACCCGACCCGGAAUCUCACUUCUCAUUGCUCCAAUUCGCCCCAAACCCACGACUGCAAAAACCCUCACCUGCCCCCUCUCGCCGGCGCUAAUCUCUCAUCCUUCAAUCUCUUAGAUAUCCAUCCGAACCCCCAUUUCAUCUCUUUUUUGAUGGGGUUAUCUUUCCCCCUUUCGUGUCUUGCUUCUGAAUCCGAUGUGCCCACUGAAGGGAUUUCCAGUAAGAUCGACUUGGAGGCAAUUUUGGUCUCCAUUGAUAAUUUCUUGACUAGAUACCCCUUUUUCCUUUUCGGGGUUGGGUUCAUUUGGCUUGUGGUGAUCCCGCUGACUGAGGAGUACUUGCAGAAGUACAAGUUCAUAUCUGCCAUUAACGCAUUCAAGAAGCUCCGGAAUGACCCGAAUUGUCAGAUGUUGGAUAUUAGGGACAAGAGAGCUUUGGCAUAUUUGGAUUCGCCAAAUUUGAAAAUCUUGAGUAAGAAGGUGUUGCAGGUUCAUUUCGUUGAAGGAAAGGAAGAUAUUUUUGUCAAGGAAGUUUUGGAGAACUUUCGGGAGCCAGAAAGCACCACAGUUUGCAUCAUAGAUCAUUUCGAUGGUAACUCACUCAAGGUGGCUGAAUUGUUGGUGAAAAAUGGUUUCAAAGAAGCCUAUGCAAUCCGUGGUGGGCUGAGAGGCAACAAAGGAUGGCAGGAGAUACAAGAAUCACUUCUCCCUUUAUCUGUUCGUGUCUAUCCCAAAAAGAAAAACAAAGAACAAAAAGAGAGUGGUAUAGAUGCAAACCAGCCAGAGGAAGAAGACACGGAUUCUGGCAUAAAAAGAAGUGAACAGAUUAGCAAUGGAUCUGCUACAAAACCCAGCCAACUCAUCCCACAAACACAAAGUGGCGUGUCCCCAUAUUCGAAUGACCCAGCUUUGAAGCCACCAUCCCUUUGAAUCCAUCAAAGUGUUCAAGUCGAUGAAUGAAUGUGGACGGUGUGAUGGGCUAUGGCCAAAAGUGUUGAUUUUUUCUAUCAUGGUGGGAAUUCAGAGAUAGAAAGCUGGUGGCUCUAUUCUUGUGAAUGUUGCAGACUAAAUUUAUACUCUGUACUUGGUACAUUGUAAAUUUUAGUGGAGUAUUUGACAAGUGAAUUUGUAUUUGUAAUGAUGAUGAAGAAAAAAAUCUCUUGAGGAAUGGCAGCAAGCAAAUUUCUGUCUUUUACAAUGCAGCAAUUCAUUUAGUUUGCAGUUGAAACAACUUACAUAGUAUCUGUGUU